GAACAGAAUCUGAAAGCUACCCUGUCAGUUUCUCUAUUUACUCUGCAGAUCGACUCGUUAUUUGAGAACAUCUCAGUCCUGGUCGUGAAUCGUCCAACUGCAGCACUGAGGCAGCCAGAACAGCAGGAAGACACUAUGUAAAGUCUACUUGGGGUUUGGGAACCUACACAUGGCAUUUUACACAGUCACCUUUUGACAAGGACGUUUUGAGCUUCUUCUGAGUUCCUGCAAUGUGUUGUAGAUUGUGCAACAAAAUCUAAAGAUCACACCAAUCUAUGGUCAUCCAUCUUCCUCUCUGACCAUAUUGUCAAUGUCACAGCAUUUUAAACUGUAUGAGUGGAUGUCUUUUAAACAGCUAAUCAAAGCAAAUUGGAGCAGUGCUGUGGUUUUCUAACUGACUCUUUUAAACCUGAAUAUUGGAUUUACAUUCAUGAAGUAAACAGCAACAGACCUCAGAAUGAAUCCUAAUACUUUUUCAUGUCUGCUGGAUGUGUGUAAGUUUUGACCAUAACCAAUUUUCAAGGCAAUAAUGUGUCCAAUGGUCAGAAAAUAAUGCAGCUUUAACACCUCACUGCUCUCGUACAGUUUGUGUUGCUGUUUCUGCUGUAUCAGCACAGUGUAGAAUACAAUACAUUUCUCUUUUGAAAUAAAUCCAGUUACAUGACCACAGACAUAAAAGAUGGAGUUCAUCCAUCUAUGAGCCAGACCUGAUUUAUUUGAAUGUGUGCAACCCUCAAUUUCCAUAAAUCAAUUUGAAAAAAUAACUAGGGCACUGAGGAGAACAUUUUCAGAGCAUUUUGAAGAAGAGGGAUGUGUGGAAACACUAAAGACCCAAAAGAUAAAUUUACUUGUGUGCUCAGAGGUACUUCAGUGGUCUGUAUGUAGCUACGUAUCUUCUUAUCUGUGUAGAAAAGAAUAUUUUACUGACAAGCAAACUGAUGAUGAUGGUGAAGAAGAGAAACCAAAUAAUAUUAGCUGUAUUACCUGUUGUAAAUGUACUAAUGGGAACGAGGAAGAGGAGGAGGCCUGUUUAGCUUGUUUCUGAAUAAGGUGCAAACCAUGAGAAAAACUUUAUUGUCAUUGUACUGCUGUGUGUACAGUGGCACCCCAUGAGUUUAACACAUUAUUAAGAAGCAAUUAAAACAAUUAAAAAGUCAAAAAGUCCAUGUCUGCUGGAUAUACAGUAAGAAAGCAUUUAUUUGCAAACAUGCUCACAAUAUUCACAGCUUUCUCCGCUGCCCAUGAUGCAAGUGGUUUUGAUGUUACUGUUAGUAAUCUCAUUAUUUCAUCCUUUUCCAAAGGCUCAUAUCACACAUCAUUAACAGUUUAUUAAUAUUUACCACAGAAAACUCCUACACAGACCGUAUGUGUGACUCCCUCCUCAGUGUUUUUUUCCAUUACUUCCUAUUUACUGACAAAUCUUUCUGUUUUCACCUGGUGGUAAAUUUGAUUAUGAAGGGCUCAUGCGCUAUAAAUUAUGUAAUAGUAUGAGUGUGUGAGAAGGUGUGAGAGCAGAUAUAACCAAUAUUUUCCAUGACAUUAUAUAACUCUCUUCCUAGUGUUACCUUACUUAUUAUCUACACUGAUCUUGAGGGUUUUUUUCUCUAAUAACCUGUGCAGGAAGGAAAUGCUCUUUUAGUGUCAGAGCUGCAGUGUAGCAGAUGCCCUCACUGACAGUCUUUGCUCUUUACUUUAGAAAAUGCAUUUGAUUCUGACUUUUGUAGACAUUUUUGAUUUUUUUUACUCAUCAAUGAGCUUUUAUGAACAUGCCAGUUGUGACAAGGAUGAUACAAAUACAAUCAUCAUUCAACCAACCCUCUGAUUAGAAACUGAAGAACUACAACAGCUAUGUUGAUGGCACAAGCUGGACCUGUGUUUAUGGGUUUCAUCCUAUACAUCUCAGGGGUUAAUGGACAAGUAAACAGCAUCUGUGCUUUAAAAGGCUCCUCUGUGAAUCUGUCCUGCUCAAUUAAACAUCCCACCUCAAGCAACAGAUGGUACACUGUGCACAGAGAUGGCUACACAUUUGUUCAGACUGAGAUCUCUGCAGAUGGACAUCGUGUAACAUACAACAUAUCUGAAGAGAGUGACUUCACUCUAACGAUCAAUGAUCUGAGAGAGAGUGAUACAAUGUUUUACUGCUGUGGAGAAGAUAACAAACUGGGACAGUGCUGGCUCACGAAAACUGAACUCAGUGUCGCAGACCUGCAGGUAAAGGUGAUUCCCACUACAGAGGAACAGACAGUAUCACUGAUGUGUAGCACCAGCUGUCCUCUGACUGAAAACCCUGCAGCCUAUAUCUGGUAUAAGAAUGGAGAGUUUCUCUAUCAGGACUGGUCUCCCUGGUACCAACAGCUGGUCAGCAGUGAGGAAGCAGUCACAUACUCCUGUGCUAUCAAAGGCUACGAGCAUCUCAGAGCCCCUGAAGUCUCAGUGGAUUCUGUCACAUCCACCUGCUUUACUGUGACCUAUGCUAAAGGGAGAAUGUGUAGUAAGCAGACAUCAGUGGAUGAGCCCUGCUCCAUCACGUAUCCAAAAAAAGUAUAUGUUCAGAAGAAACGUGAAAGGGGCCAUGUCACACUGACCUGUAACACCAGCUGUCCUCUGACUGAUCCUCAGACUGCCUAUAGGUGGUACAGGAACAAACACAUUUACAGAUACUCUGUGGGUCAGCACUUAUUAGUUUCCAGCCCCACAGAUGGAAGCAGCUUCUCCUGUGCUGUGAAGGGCCUUGAGGAUGUGCACUCUGAUGAAGUCUGUGCUGAGAAUAAGACCUGCUGGAGUGUGAAUUAUGUCCAGAGAAGAAUCUGUGCUCUGGAAGAUUCUUCAGUGAACAUUUCAAGUGAAUACUCGUAUCCUGACAACCAGCAGCCAAAGUCUAAAUCUUGGUAUAAACUAAAGAGAACUGGGAGGGAAGAUGCUGAGGAGCUGACUGAGGAUGCUACAGGCCGUGUGGUGUAUCAAGAAAACCAGAAUCAACACAUCCUUAGAAUCAAAAACCUGAAGAAGAAUGACUCAGCACAAUACACGCUCAGACUGCAAACAGAUACAGGAUGUAAACAGUCACAUUUUACGCCAGUUACAUUGAUUGUCACAGACCUGAGAGUGAAGUUUACUCCCUCUGCAGAGGUGACAGAGGGUCAGAGAGUCACACUGACCUGCAGUACCAGCUGUCCUCUGACUGAUGACACCAACUACCUUUGGUACAUGAACAGUCGACCUCUGACCCUGCCAGAGAACCAAACCAAACACCUGGUUCUGGACCCAGUCAGCAGUCAGCAUGCAGGAAAAUACUCCUGUGCUGUUAAAACCCACAGCAUCAGCUCAUCCGAGGAGACUCUCAGUGUCAAAGUUAUACAAAUCUCUCAACUGUCUCUGGGGAAAUCAGUGGAAAUAACUAAUGCAGUGAGACUGACUGUUGUAUUACUGAUCACAUGUCUCUUCUGCCUGUGGCUGAGGAAGAAGACUCUUAUCUCCCCCACUGAAUCUAACACAGUACAGACUGAACAGUACAUCAACGUGUCAUUCAAAGUGAUGAAUCCUGUGACUGCAGCACAGAGAGAACCAGCUGAGCAGCAGGAAGACACUGUGCAAGACUUGUUUGGCUUUUAAGUAGUUUUUGCUAUCGCUACAUAGCCAGUGUUAACAUUAACUGAAGUCAAACUUCCACACCAGGAGCUUUGACUUCAGUUGCUGCAUUUUAAACUUUUUAACAUACAGUUUUUAAACAAUCUAUGCAAAUGUAUAUGCAAUUUUUUACAUUUUCUGCCAUCAUCUUUCAUCAUCCCUCAUGGUUUUCCAAAGGUAUAUUGCAUUUUGAAUUAAUCUUUUUGACUAUUAUUAUUUUUUGUGACUGCUUGACUUAUUUACUUUAACUUUUAAUCUUGAUUUUAACAUGAUUUUGAUUAUUUUCCUUUUUGGAGCUACUAUAUUCUGAUUCUUCUUUACUUCGAAUUAAAAAGAAUUUCAAAUUUCUUCAAA